CUUGAGCACACGCACCUUACAAUAGACACGCUCACUCACCGAAUCAAAGUUGACACCAAUUUUCAACACAAGCACACCCAUUUACGACUCUGCGACAGCGUUGACAGGUAGCGAUAAGCAAAGUAGCGGGCACACGAACUUCAUGAACAUGCUUCGGUUUUUGCCCGGCAAGAAGCGUCCACUUCAACAACAACGAACACCAGCAGGAGCACCAGGCAACCACGAACAAGCGCAAGGAGCUCCUGCGGCGAUGACCCUGGAACAGCAGCUGAGGCUGCCACCGAACCAGACAGAGGCGCGUGAAGACGGGGAUGAGGGAGAGGAAGAGGAAGAGGAGGAGAUACGAGAGGAGCGGCAACACACGAUAGACCUGCAGCGCAGCAGCAGGGGGUUGAGCAACGCUGACGAGAUGGCGCUGGUCCAGCAGCGGGAGCUCCGGAUUCAGCGGAACCUGUCCCUGCCGGAGAGGCAUCCGCGGUCGUCUUCCUCGUCCCAGGAGUACGGCGUGACGGAUCACGAAGAGGACGACGAUGACGGGGAGAGGAGCGACCGCUCUGACAGCAUCGAGGUAAGGAGGACGGAUGCGCACCACUUCGCGGUGUGCGGCAUCAACCCAGACCAGGCGGCGAGAGGAGGGGGCGAAUGCACCCCCCAGGGUAUGCCGAGGAGGCAGGGCUUCAAGUUUGGUAAUGGGCGGCGGUUGAGUCUCUAGUAAAUAUUUGUCAACGCCGGGAGCAGCAGCAGCAGCGAGCGUUCUUCUUGCGGAUGUAUGUUAUUAAAUCUCGAGAGGAGACUUGUGAUGGCCGGGAGUAAUACAUCCUAGUAUAUGACAGGUGAGAUUGUUUAGUGGUGCAACUUCGAAAGCAGAGUUCCUUGUUUCUUGCUGGGUGUGUUUUGUUUGUGGCUUCGGAAGCGGACGCGACCACGGACUCUGCCGAUUGAUUUCCGGGAGCUUUUAGUUGUUUGUCGGGGAUUUUCAAACAUCACUCGGAACGACGACGAUGUGUGCUGGUAUGAGUUUUCGUGCUUUCAGAUCGUGUUGUUCCACAGGCGAGGACGUACGUACGUAGUUGGGUGUUGACAAGCAGUGGCGCUCGAAUGUAUGGUGUUUUUUCUUACAAUAGAUCUCUCGAUUCUUUUUUUUUUUGUUUUGUACGAUUGCAACCACCAAGAGAGAGAGAGAGACGCCGCGAAGGCGCAAGCAAGAGUGUGGAAGAGUUGGUGUUGGAUGCAGACACGGGGAGAAGGAGCUCAAUCUCUACAUGUUUUGUACGCGAAACCUCCCUUGAGAGGAGAAGAAGCUGGGGUCUUCUUCGAGAAUUGUUAUUGUUUGGAGAACAAGAUGAAGAGGUUGAAAGUGAAAAUCGGCGUUUUCUUUGGUGAAACCCCUAUGGAGGAGGGUGUCAAUACUUGGAGGGAGAUUUUACGCUUGACGGCCCCCCUCUUGCAGGGCAGAGAGGCGGUCAUUGUAUUUAGCACGGGGGGAAGACCUUUUCAUGGAUGCCUUUGCGCACGGGCGUUUCUUGACGGCUUGCUGCGGGAGGGUUGUCAUUCUGUAGUGAAGAUGGAUCAUAUACACAAAUUACAAAAUAGACGCGUGGGGGAAUUCUCCGAAGCACACCAACAGUGCUCGGGAAAUAUUACCAAGAGUGAGGAUUAGAGUCAAUAGAGCUGCUGUAGAUGUGUACAUGUGUACACGAAAAACGCGAGGUGCGCGAGAGAUGGGUAACGACGCAGCGGUUUCGCCAUCAUCGACGUGGUUGUCUUUGCAAGCGUUCAUUUUAGAAGUGAUGUGGUAGUCUGCGGGGAAGAGAAAAGUAGAAGGUGCAGCGUGGAGCGAGGCAAGGAAGGGUAGUCCGGUGACUAUUAUAUUGUGCCACAUGGGGGCCUUGUUGUGCGCGGUUGCUUCAUCUUCUGUGUGCACCGAGGGAUGUUGAAGGCAAGGAUAUAAGAGCGAGCUUAUCGCAAGCCGUGUCGCUGCCGCAUGUUCCACCUUUCGGAUCAAUAAAGAAGUCCCGUCCCAACGUGCGUAGUUUCUUUUCACGCUGGCUGGCAAAGAUUUGGUGCAUUCAGAGCGUUCUCUCUGUGUCGCGACGGCGGGGAUUGGGUGGCUGUCAUCUCUAAUUGGAACCGUGCGCCUUGAGCAGCGUGAAAUUCGGGUAGGGCGGUUUUCUAGGAACGGGCGAGCUAGCUUCCCUAGUACGGGCGAGCCUUCUUUGCGGGAACCGUAUUUUUCCCGACAUUUUCUUGUUCCUACACUUGUGUGAAGUAGAUGGCGUAUGCUUUAGUUACCGUUGACCACACUACAUGAAACGGGCUACCCCCAAUGAAACCAAAGGGGGUCGUGUCCGACCUGACACUGUAACACGAUGAAGCUUCUCGGCGGGGGGGGUCUCCCGAUAGGAGGACCCCGCGGCGGUGAUGGGGUGACAGAUUCGUGCUGGUGUCCAUGUGCGUUUUUUUUUUUUUUGUAGUUAUCAAGCGCGCGUGUGAAACCGGCUGACCAAAGGGCAAAAGUCUCAGCAUGUGUGUGUGCCUGCUUGUGUCUUUUGUUAGCACUGGCUGCGUUCGUGUGUGUUGUAUGCGUCACAUCGGUGAAUGAAUCUCUCCCGUAACAAAAACGGUUGGACCAAAGUGGCGGUCGCAGGGCAGAAGAGGGUCGUACACCGCAACUGACACGAAAUAGUACCAGUGUAAAUGUGGAUAGAUAGGUAAAGGUUGUACAGAUGCCUCCAGUCAUUUCCAAGGGUCGCAUUUUGGGCUCCUUCCUUCCCCCCCCUCUUUUCGGAAUGGACUAUGUUUUGGGUGAGUUCGGCGGACGGGCCGGCGGGCGUCGUUUGCGACGGGCUCCCUGACUGCGUGUUAUCCUCACAGAAGUAAGCCAGCCAGUCAGCCGCGAAUCACAGGGCCCGGACGGAAGAAUCGCUUUUCGUGUCAAGCUCGCAACGUUACGUUAAGGUGCGUGGCGUGGUACGUUAGUGUUGGGACUGAUUUGACUCGGUGUGCGCUAUGUAUCUACCGUGUCUUGUUGGUCUGUGCGUUGUUGCUGGACGUACACUUUGUUUUCCGUUUUCACCCUCGAGAGAGGGAGGGGGGGACUUCCGUUUUUGUGUGUGAAGAAAAGUUACGUUUCGGGGAGAUCGCCUUGUGAUGACGGGGUCUCACCUCUUCGCCCUGGAGGAUGCUGAAGAGGAUGUGUACUCGACCGCUGCAGCAGAAGCAGCCCCCCUUUUUUUCUUUCUGCGAGAAUGCAACCAUUAUCUUGUGUUUGCGCGGCUGGCCUCGCGUGUCGAGAGGGAGCGAUGUCUCUGUGUACCGAUCCCGCGUAUUCGAGAUCUCCUUUGCACGUUAUGUCACCUGCUGCUGCCAUGUCGAUUUCGGGGUUGGUUCUCCUCUGGUGAAAUGUUAUUUAUGGCUCCUGCUGCUGCUGCCCCCC